CGUCGGCGUGAUGACGUGAGCCCGGAGGUUUGCGCGGGAAAAGAGCCCGGCGACCGUCAAGAUGGCGGCGCUGAAGCGUAAACUGGCCGGGCAGGGGGAGACGAGCGGAAAAAGAGGGCUGAGCGGCCGGCACGUCCCACCGGAGGCAACUGGGGAAGAUAGGGCCGGCAACCAGUUCGUGGAAGGAUCGAUCGUCAGGAUCAAGAUGGACAAUUUCCUAACCUAUGAUUCCUGUGAAAUUCAUCCUGGGGCCAAUUUGAACAUGAUAGUCGGUGCCAAUGGCACUGGAAAGUCCAGCAUUGUCUGUGCAAUUUGUCUGGGAUUGGCGGGCAAAACCUCCUUUAUUGGCAGAGGAGACAAGGUUGGUCUUUAUGUGAAACGAGGAUAUAGCAAAGGAUAUAUUGAACUCGAAAUUUACAGACGUCCACGCAACCUUAUUGUGAGACGAGAGAUUUCUGUUGUGAACAAUCAAUCUGUCUGGCAAAUAAAUGGAGAACAUGCAACCCAGAAAAUGGUGGAAGAACAGACUUCUGCAUUGAAUAUCCAAGUGGGGAAUCUCUGCCAGUUUUUACCUCAGGAGAAAGUUGGGGAGUUUGCAAAGAUGUCAAAAAUCGAGCUACUCGAAGCAACUGAAAAAUCAGUUGGCCCACCAGAAAUGUACAAGUUUCACAGUGACUUAAAGAAUUACCGCGAAAAAGAGAAGGAGCUUGAGAAUACAUGUAAAGAAAAGUCAGCUGCUUUGGAGAAAAUGAAGCAAAGGAAUGAACGGCACGAGCAAGAUGUUCAGCGGUAUUACGAGCGACAGAGACAUUUAGACAAAAUAAAGAUGCUGGAAAGAAAGAGGCCCUGGGUGGAAUAUGAAGUUGCUCGACAGGAGCAUGAAGAAGUGAAGCGUGCCCGUGACCAGCUUAAACAAGAACUGAAAGCACUCAGAGAAGCCCAAGCUCCAAUGACCAGAAAAAUUCAAACUGUUGAAAGGCAAUGUCGGGAGCAGGAAGCAAAAAUAAAAGAAAAGGGGUCUGAAAUUAAGAAUUUCACUCAAGAAUGCAAACAGAAACAAGAUUCUUUAGAAAGGAAGGACAAAGAGGUUGAAGAAGUUCAGCAACGUUUAAGAAUGAAAAAAGAUGAAGAAAUUGACCGCCAGAAAAGAAUAAGUAACACCAAAAAAAUGAUAGAAGAUUUGCAGAAAGAACUGAACACUACCAGGAAUUAUGACCAUGUACAACCAGAAAUAGAUCAAAUCAGUAGUGCUCUCCGCAGAGUUCAACAGGAUAAAGGAGCUGUUGACAGUGAGAAAGUAGAACUACGAAGAGAAAAGGAAAAUUUGGAGAAAGAAAAAAAGAAGGUAAUGGUUAAUAUCAAAAGACUCGAAGACAUGAUGCACAUUAAAGAAGAAAAUCUUAGAAAUCGUUUCAGAGAUACGUACAAUGCUGUCUUGUGGUUAAGACAGAACAGAAAUCGAUUCCGUGGGCACAUCUAUGAACCAAUUAUGCUUGAGCUUAAUAUGAAGGAUUCGAGAAAUGCCAAAUACAUUGAAAAUCAUAUUCCAAUGAACGAUUUGAGGGCCUUUGUUUGUGUGAACAUGGAUGAUAUGGGUGCAUUCCUUUCAGAGGUUCGUGAUAAACAGAGGCUAAAAGUAAAUGCAGUGUGUGCACCUUCCAUCUCAGCUGCAGGGAGGCCACCCACGAGGCCCAUUCAAGAACUUCAAAUGUAUGGAUUUGUAUCCUACUUGAGAGAGCUGAUAGAUGCACCAGAACCUGUAAUGAGUUAUCUAUGUGAGCAGUACAAGGUUUAUGACGUUCCAAUAGGGACCGCCAGAACCAAAAUGAUGAUUGAAAAGGUGAUAAGUGAAACACAACUGCGUCAGAUCUAUACAGGAGAAGAACGAUACAGCGUAAAGAAAUCCAUUUACUCAAAUAAAGUUAUUUCAAGCAACACACAGCUAAAGGAUGCUAAGUUUCUCACUGUACAGGUGGAUGUGGAUGAAAGAAGACGCUUGGAGGAUCUAUCAAAGGAAGUAACCUCCAACUUGAAUGCAGUAGAAUCACGCAUUGCUGAGUUUUCUGAGAAACAGAGACUUCUUGAGCGCAAAGAUAAUGAACUGAGAACAAAGAAGAAAGAACUUUUGGAGAUGAAGAGCAGGCGAAGACAAAUAGAACAAAAGAUCAGCACAAAAAAUGAUAGUCUGAAGCAGAUGGAGAUGGAUACUAUCAACAUUGAAGAGGAAGAACGAAAAGCAAAUGCAAAAAUGAAGGCGAUCCAUAAUCAAAAGGCCAAACUAGUCUCUGAAUUAACACAGCGUAUUAGGACCUGCCUCACGCUGAACAUGGAGAAAGUUGGCUUAGUUCUUGAAAACACGUCAUUGACAUAUCAGAAGAAUCGGCUGGAAACAGAAUAUAAAGAAUCAGCUGUAGAACAAAAAAUGAAAGAGCAACAAUAUACAGAGUUGGAUGAGAAAAAGCGACGACUUCUAAAUAUGUGUAAAGAGCGCAUGAAAGCAGCCAGAGAGGCCUGUGACUUGGAUCCUAAUGAAAGUGACAUCCCUUCAGAGCUGAAGACAGCAUUUCAAAGUCUUCCCAAUUCACUGGAUGAAAUAGAUGCUUCGCUUAAUGAGGAAAGAUCAAGAGCGUCCUGUUUCACAGGCUUGAGUUCUUCAGUUGUAGAUGAAUACAAGAGGAGAAAACAAGAAAUAGAAAGUUUAUCUGAAGAGCUGAAUAGAAAAAAGUGUGAACUGGAAAACUAUAAACUGAACAUCUCGCAGGUGAAAGAAAAGUGGCUAAAUCCUUUGAAACAACUUGUAGAACAAAUUAAUGAGAAGUUUAGUGAAUAUUUCCGCUCGAUGCAGUGCGCAGGAGAAAUUGAUUUGCACACAGAUAAUGAGGAAGAAUAUGAUAAGUAUGGUAUCCGAAUCCGAGUGAAGUUUCGCAGCAGUACUCAGCUCCAUGAGCUCACCCCACAUCACCAGAGUGGCGGAGAGCGAAGUGUUUCUACAAUGUUGUAUUUAAUGGCUCUACAGGAAUUAAAUAGAUGCCCCUUUCGAGUUGUAGAUGAAAUCAAUCAGGGUAUGGACCCAACCAAUGAGAGGAGGGUUUUUGAAAUGGUGGUACGCACAGCUUGCAAGGAGAACACAUCUCAGUAUUUCUUUAUCACACCCAAGCUUUUGCAGAAUUUGACUUACUCUGACAACAUGACAGUGCUGUGCGUUUACAACGGACCACACAUGCUGCCGCCAGGCAGGUGGAAUCUCAAAGCUUUUCUCAGGAGACGACGAAGAGUACAAGUCCAUAACUGAGAACUAAGGAUAGUUCUGUCUCAGGGAACAGUCAAUUAUGUUUACAUAUAAAGGACUAACUCUUGGGAUCUUAGGAUCAUUUCUCUUACCCUUUAUGCUUCUACUUGGAGUUUGAAGUCUUUUUAAAACAUAACUACCUGUGUUUAUGGAGGCUUAGGGGUUGCCAUUAAAAGGAAUCUAAGUGCCUGGCAGUGUAGUCUCAUGAAACGGACGAUCACUCAACAGAGUUAUCAGGAUUUUGUAAUCCAUUGGCACCAUAGAGUUAGGUGUUCAGGUGUUAUGAGUUUUUGUGUGUUUGACUCUCAGAUGCUUAUUUAUAUGAAUAGAGAAAUGCUAGCUGAUUCUUUCUUGAGUGAUAUCAACAAAAGUAAGCUUAUUGUUUUGCCGGAUACCACUUUCAUUUGCUCCAUGUGUGCACACCCCCACCAUUUAGAUGGCAGUAUGUUUUGGUAGCUAAUCUAUUGUACAGAGCUGUAAAAUAGUGGGAGUCAAAGUUUCUGGAACUGAAAAGGUAGCUUGUUUGCUGGACAAACUCUCCUCCUCUUAAGAAAUGUGUUGCCAAUAUAAUGUGCGGUGUGUUCUAUUUCUGUAAUAUGUUGUAUGUCAUGACAGGUUGUGAAAUUAGCCCAUCCAUUGCCUCCCCACCCCCACCCACUCAUCUUUGAUCUCCUACUUCUUAACUGUUUUUUACAAGCUGUAAUAUAUCAUUCAAACAGUUGGAUGGAAAAACAAAUUAAUGAAUUGUUAAGAACGAUUAAGAUGUGUCUUUAAGGCCUUUGUACGUCUGAGCAGACAUCUAUAUUGCAGAAAUGCUUUUUUCAAAAAAAGAACUAGAUUACAGCCAGACCUUGCAUCCUCGAAGAGGAAUAAAAAGUGCCCUCUUUCCAAAAUCAGAAUUAUGCUAUGGAAAUCAACUACUCACGAAUGCAGAAAGUAUCCUUGUGUUCAAAUGAGAGAGAUGUCUACUCAGUCAGCCGUAAGUGGACAGUAAUGUGCUACUGAGUCUUUUAUUCCUAUUGUGCAGCACAAAAUUUGAAUGAAUCACUAAGUGUCCUUUGCACUGAUGUAACCCUAUGUGGGAGAGUUGCUCGUUGACCAGUUCUUUGUGGAAGUCACCCAACUUAACAACUAGGAUAGUCCAAUAUUAACCAAGCUAAGCUUCUGCACUUGCCCCAGCUGUGUGGUUCUGAUUACUGCUGUGGGCUAUUGUACAACAAAAACUAAUUCUAAUCCAUUUGGUGUUGUUCAUAUGUGGGCCUAUAGGGGGUAGUGUUGGAUUGAAGGAUUGACUAUUUAAAAUGCUGUGCUGUUCUGCAGUACUGCUUUAUUUUUGUAAAAUAACGUACAAAUUGCAUCAGUUGUGUUUCAAGUUUUUAAAUAUUAAAACAUGGUUCAAAGAUGGCCUGAGAGACUUGCUGCCUUCACAGUAAAACUUUGGAGGAUGUCUUUAGAAGAAAUUCAACAUAGUCAUCAGAGGUGACCAGAGCUUUGUUUUUCCAUAACCACUGCUCAGCCUGUUAAUACUUGAGAGAGGGACAUAUACACCGCCAUACUCGUGUCAAUAACUAAUUCCUUUUAAAGGCAGACAAUUGGAAUUUUUGGAUCUGUGCAGUGUAAUUGCACCAGUUUAAUUUAUUACAUUCCCCUUGCAUUGGUUUUUAAUAAAAUCCCUGUGAGAAAUUGA